AUGCUCAAGAGUGCUGCCACUCUCACCUACGGCACUGCCUGUCGACUCUGGGCCCGCUCGCCCAUUCCACUCUUGCCUGUGAUUCAUGCCCGUCUCAAGCACACCGAUACCGCACCGAUACCGUCGGAUCAAUCGCACUCCAACUCGCCCAAGCGUACCUCUCCUCGUUCGCUCUCUGCCACAACCUCUCUACGUCGUGUUGCCGUCGAAGCACAGCGUUCUCGCCACUCUUUGAUCCGUCACAGCGGUAAGCACCGCUUCGUAGAUCCAGAUGUCCAGACUCAACAAGUCACCGCCUAUUGCGCCGCCGAACAAUAUACUAUCCCAAUUGCAACUCGUCUGAUCUCAAAAGAGGGCUUUGUCGUUGAUCCCUGCGCCACCGCCUUGUAUCCACACGUCGUCCAUUUCCAGACCCCCAAUCAUACUACCAAGGACGACUCUGCGAAAGAGCGUCAUGAAGCGCCCGGCGAUGUCUUUGUCUUUCCUUCAGGCACUCUCGUGUGUUGGAAUGUUCCCGAACCUGUUCAGCAACAUCUCGUCCAUCGUGUCUUGCUGCCCUGUGCCGAAAACCCUCACUUGGAUCGUGUCGAGAUUGAAGACCUCGAAUAUCUGCAGGACCCUUCACACCACUCAAGUGAAGUCAUUGGUGAUACCAUUAUUCUUGGGACAAAACCUCCAGGUGAUGCCUGCUCUGCUUCUUCACCUGAUAUUGACACCGUCCUCGCCAAGAUAGCUUUCUCCUCGGGCCUGGCUCGCUCAGCCAAACUUGCCGUCCUCGAAGAGCUCUUGUCCUCGUACUUCUCUAGCACUCGCUCCAUCCCCACCAUUCUGUCACGCGGUUCGCCCUUGCGCUUCUCAAGAUCCUUCAUUUUGCGCAAGACCGGCGAACUACUCUCCAUCCGCGCACAGCUCAAUCUCUAUUCUGAACUCACCGACAGCUUGCCAGACAUCUUCUGGGACAGCCCCUCCUCUCUUGGCUUGAGUGCCUACUAUGAUGAGGUUGGUCGUGCCUUGGAUGUUGGUGUACGUAUCAAACUUCUGAAUGAGAGGAUGGACUAUGCUGGAGAGAUAGCUAGCGUGUUGCGAGAGAGAUUGAGUGAGAAGCACUCGACUGGUCUAGAAUGGCUCAUCAUCUUCCUUAUCAGUGCCGAGGUAGGCUUUGAGUUGUGGCGCAUCUGGCGAGAGAGGCAAGAGAGACUCGAUCCUGAAAGUACUGAGGCUUUGUUGAGACGUGUCUUGUCGCACAAUCUGGCCCUUCGCGACUCUUGA